CUCCUUCACUCUGAUACAUCAUGACCGUCCUACCCGCAUCCGCACUGACUCUCGGUCUUUGCGUCGGCCUCGCUGCUGCGGCUUACCAGCAGCCUCUCCUUGCUCACACGGUGCCUGCUGCAGUUGCGGAUGAUGUUAAGGUUCCAGUGACUCUCGGCGUCAUGAGUCGCUGCCCAGACGCAUUGCUAUGUGAAUCCGUGUUCGACCGUGUAUUGAGUCGGGUCUCGGAGAAGGUCAAUCUGACCUUAUCUUUCAUUGGAUCCAUCGACUCGUCGGAGCCCGAUUUCGGCGUAACUUGCAAGCAUGGCCCAGACGAGUGCGCGGGCAACGUGCAUGAGCUAUGCGCUAUGAAGCAUGCAUCCGCGCUUCAAUUCUGGGAGUUUGUCCAAUGCGAGAAUUACCAGGGACGAGACAAGAUUGGUCUGCCUGAGACCGCCUUGCAAUGCGCCAAAACUGCGAACAUUGACUGGGAGGACAGUGGAGUAGGCGCCUGCGCAGGUCUUGACGGGAGCGGGAAAGCAGCGGAAGGGGUGCAGCUCCUACAGGACAGUGUCAAGGCAAGCCAGGCGAUGGGCAUCAAGAACAGCUGUACCGUUCUGAUCAAUGGCAAACAAGUCUGCAUUCACGACGGUACAUGGAAGGAAUGCGAGAACGGUCAUACGGCCCACGACUUCAUCAGACAAAUCAAUGAGGAGUAUCAGAAGCUCAACGAGGACAGCAACAGCGACGGCGAAGACUGAGUAGUACCGGUAUUGUUUGACGAACAUAUGGCGGAUAGGGAACGCUAUGUAUUUGCACAUUCAGUAACCCAGUAUGAGUUCGUAUACAAUGAUGACCAAAUUCAGUCCAAUGAGAGGUAUUCGCAUCAAUGUCCGUACCGCGCUGAUAAGAUUGAUGAGCCGGGCUUUCAUGGACACCUCCUGUCCACUUUGAUAUCCUGGCUGGUCAUAUGCGGCGGCAUAUGGCUGGGAAAAUCCUGCAGCUACUGUUUGAGGUUGUGUUGAUGACCAGCCGAUGCGCGCUAAAAAGCGGUCCUCACUGAGGACAGCCAUGGCGUUGAUGAGGAGAACAGCGACAUAGAGAAUCGUGCCGAGAGUCAAAGC